CAGUAUCCCCGUAUUUCGAGUUUCGUGCGUUUGAGGUUAUUUUACAUUAUGAAUGAGCAACAAACCAUUAAUUUCGUAUUAGAAGUUAAGAAAUAUCCUUGUCUCUACAACAGCAGUCUAAGCAGCUACUAUCGAAGGACAGAAACAGAUAAAGCAUGGGAAGUCAUCGGAAAACUAAUGAAUAUGACAGGUAUAGCUUGCAAAGAAAAAUGGAGAAAUCUACGCGUUGUGUUUAUGAGACACAUGAAAAUUUCAAGAAAUGGUUCUGGUCACAAGAAAAAAAAACCAUACUAUUUGCUUGAUGUGAUGCAAUUUUUAACUCCACAUUUAAAACAGACGACUCCGAACAAAGGAGUAAAUUUUCCCUCUACUAGUUCAAAUGAAGGGAUAAAUAAUAUAGAUGAUAUAAUUCACGCUCAAGAGCUAUCUAAUAUCCAUGAGGACGAGUCUGCUUCCGAAAAUACUGAAGAAUAUAAUGAGCCACGUUCUCCUAAAACAAAGAGGAACAGACUGACUAUUCAAGAAGCUGAUAAACAAUACAUAACUACCACAAAUAGACCUUCUACCUUAAACGAGUAUCGUAUUUUGAAUGACCCUGUUAUAUCAUUCUUGAAUAGCCUGGAACCGGAAUUAAAAGAAAUGAAUCUACAGCAGUUAAAGAUUUUUAAGAGGAAAGUUUUAGCACUCAUUGAUGACAUAAUGGGUCCUUGUGGUAAUACUCCAACAGCUACUGAUAAUAAUAUUAUUGAUAAUAAUGAACAUGUAGAAAAUAUUCCAAAUAAUUCCAAAAAUAUAUCUGUAUCUGAAAGUAAUUGUAUGGAUGUAGGUGACAUGUCACCAGAAAACAAUUCAAAUUGUUCUUCACCUACUCUCUUCUUCGUUGCAACAGAUGAUGACAUUAAAACUGAAGUUGAACCAUAAGUUCAAAACCAUGUUUUCUUGGCCUUCCACAUGCAUGUGCGUGUCAUGACAUGACAUCGAAGUUAUGGUCAUGACAUGACAUCGCAGGAUACUUCUAUCCUCUUCGUUUCACUAGUGAAUUCUCUAAUUCUGUACUGGAAAAGUCAUAAGUUUUUGUUUGUUAUAGAUGUUGUUAAUAAACAAUUUACGGUU